AUAAUAUCUAAAUUGUAUAGACUAUUUACACAGAUGGCUUUUUAGUAUAUAGAAUCAGUAUCUAUGUAACCGCCGCAAACAUGGAAGGCAUAAUGACAAUCAAGCGUAACGUAUGAUAUAAUCGGUAUAACCCACAGAAAAUGGAAGUACAUGUAAUAUGUGAUUGUACGGAAUGCAGCAGCAGACUAAUUGAAAUAGGCGGAGUUAAUAUACUAUGCAAUCUGCCGACGAAGUUGCUACACAAGUGCUACAAAGAACUAGAAGAUAACCCAUUCUGUGAAGGGGAGCAUCAUUGGAGCCAAGAAUUAUACGAUAAACUCUUAUGUGUACGCAUACAUAUCAUUAUCGCAACCACGCCACGUGGAUUAGAUGGGUUGGAAACCUUGCGCAAAAUAUCUGAUAUAGAAACAGCAUAUAUAGUUUGCACAAGACCGGUAUAUACAAUCGCCAGGCUAGCAAUACCCAAACGAUAUAAUGAGCCCCCAAUUCUAGUACUCGAUAAUAAAAAUCAAGUCAACGUAAGGAAAACAGCAACCCAUCAAAAUGGCAUCCAUACUGAUCCCCAAACUACAGAACAAUGCAAUGUCAUCCAAGACUUGGGGAAUGAAGAUAACGUACAUGUGGCAUGGAAAGAUGUUACUUCAGAUGCAGCAAGCUCAGAUGAUACAUUGGAAACCAUAGAAAGUGAUAAUGAUGUUGAACAAUCACAAAGUGAGACUACAGGAGGAAAUCCUUCAAGUAGCCAGAGUAAAUACCAUCAAGCCAAUGAUAAAUAUAAUAAACGAAGUGACGAUGCAUUUAAACCUAGCAUAUAUGGAAGAAAGAAAAACGCUACUCCCAUACUGGCAGAUCCAAAUCUACCAAAUACAAAAAGAUUGCAUGCGAUUUCAUAUAAUGAAAUUGUUAACCUGGAAGUAGACAUGAACGCCGAAAAUAUACACCGCCAUCCAGAAGUAAAGACACCAAAGCAUAACAGGUUCUCCCACGUAACAAGUAUCAAGCUCUGUGCAUACAGCAGCGGAUUUGGAUUAGGCUCAUCGAAUUGGACAAUAACGCAUCCAGAUAGUGAUGUGACUAUAGGCAUUAUAGGAGAAACGGGAUAUGAAAACAGUGGUAGAUUCUGUACACCAGUGGAUAUGUCAUUUAUACACAUCCUAGACGUUGUUAUAUUGCUAGACAAUGCAGUAGCAAAGACAGGUGUGACUCCCAAAAUUGAACUUAAAAUCAAAAAGGAAUUGAAAAUGCACCAAAAUACUAUGAUAGGAUACCAAUUGGACGCAUUAUGUGACAAUGCACUAGAGGGAAUACAAAACCUGGAAGGAAGUGUAAUAGUCAUAGACCCAUAUACCGAAACGCUAAUUGACUUAAUAGAACACUUGCACAACCAUGUCCAUAACAACGUCAAACAACAAGUAUGCAUAUAUGUCAUAGGAACGGGAAUGGUUGAUACCUUGAACUUCACUGACAAGUGCGCGGAAUGGGUACAGAAAACAAGAGCGGAACUUACCAUGCACCAUGAAACACCAAUGUCACCGUUCCCUAUAAUAACGACCAUGAGAGAAGAAAAUAAACUCUUUGUUUGUAACAAUAUAAACGAUAUAAAGGAUGUAUACAGGUACCCAUCACUAAUAAUAACCAAAUAUGACGCAUUUAUGGAACCUUACCUCCUUGGGAGAAUGUAUGCAGGAGCACAUAUAGUAACGACAUCAGAUACAUACAGAGAAGCACUAAUGAGUGCAGCUGCAAAAUAUGGAAUUGACCAUAAUAUAAACACUAUGCCAGUCGACUUCCGAAUGGGCCUUGAAACCAUGAUAGGCAUGAUUUGUGAUAAACGGUUCAUAGUUGUAUCGGAAUAUAUAAAGUCUAAAAUACACCCCUCAUUGAAAGUACUUGUGGGUAAUCAUGUCAAAAUACCACUCCAAAAGGAACACUCUCUAAUGUGCACUAAAGUAAAGGCGAGUGAUAUACAAAAGGCCUCAGAAAAUGUACAAACGGUGACUACAACACUCAAAGCAAGUAACGUGAAUAUCAAAGUAAACGGCUCCGAUAAUAUGCAAAUUAAUCCGGGGGUCCCGGAAAAUGAAGAUUCAAAAUUCACAUUUGGAACGUUCAAAGCACAGCAAUUGGUCAAACAGCUGGUUAAUGCCGGAUUUACAAAUAGCAAAAUCCAAACCACGGAUGCAAACUACCCCUUGGUAAUUGAAGUAGAUAAUGAAUGUAAAGUAAUACUUCAGUCAAUGCACGAAACGUGUGUGGAUACAGCCUCAAUGCAAAAAAGGCAAGUUAUCGUAAAAGCAUUAGAGCAGUUGUUGGUCACACUAUAACACC